UGUGUGAAUGUGUGUGUGUGCUGAGCGCCUUUCCUUCCCCGCUGCUUCCAAGCAAUGGGACUAACGCUGUUCUCCGGGCAAUGAGGAGUACUGGAUCGGGACGGAAAGCACUUUCUUUUUCUCCGGAAGAAAACAAGCCUUGAGGAUACUUAAGGAUGUGCUGCUCAGAUGUGUCUCCCACCUCCACCUUCCUCAUAGGACUCAUGUGCUUGACAGCUUUCAGCAACUUUGCAAAGACUUCUGCAGACUUCUCAGGUUACAUAUCACAAGUACUAAAGAAUUACACUGACCAUGCCUGCGAUGGAGAAUAUGUCUCUCUGAGAUGUCCUCACAGAACUACCAUCAGCAUCCAGUCUUCUUUUUAUGGCCGAAUUAUACCAAGUCAUCAGAUGUGUCCUUCUCGCUAUCCCCACUCCUAUGCAACUUUAAUUAAAGAAGAUGUUGCCUGUUCGGUUGGCACUUCCCUUCAGAAGAUGCUCGAUGAGUGUCAGGACAGGCGGAGCUGCCAGUUUCUCGUCAAUAGCCGGCUGUUUGGUGCAGACCCAUGCCCUGGAACUGGCAAGUACCUUAUCGUGUGGUACAAGUGCAGGCCAAAUGAAUACAAGAGUAAAGUAGCCUGUGAAGAUGACAAGCUGAGGCUAAGCUGUAAGAAGAGCAUGGUGAUUGCCAUUUACUCUGCUAUCUUUGGAAGAACACAAGGAGGCAGCCUGGAGUGCCCAUACCAAAACCUAGGGAUGCCUAUGAUUGAGUGUCAGUCGGCUACUGCUCUCCAGCUCAUGAUCAAGCGCUGUCAUGGGAAAAGAAGAUGCAGCAUAUAUGCCAGCACCUAUGAAUUUGGAGAUCCUUGUUACCCAGGCAUCCGAAAGCAUCUUAAUGUCAUCUACACCUGUGUUCCCAAGAAGCUUCUGCACGAAACCCAGCCACGACCAACCAAUUACCAAGGAUUUCAGAAGCCACAUUUUCCACUGCAGCCAAGAGUGUUUGAUCCCAAUGUUAUAAGGGACGGUGUGUUCUUUUCUGAUGUCUCUCCUUCCAACAUAGGGCGAGCCAUCCCAGCAGAGAAGAAGAAAGGGAGAUCGGCCACCUUCUACUCUCUAGACAACAGCCCCUUCCUGCUUCCUGUGGAUGAGACACAACUGCCAGCACUCAACAGCAGCAUGGAGCCUGUGGGUGUCAGCACAGAGAUGGCACUGCUCAGCAACAUCCUAGCAGCGUAUGCCUUUAUCACAGAAAACCCUGAGCGGGCUGCUCUGUAUUUUGUCUCUGGAGUGUGCAUUGGACUUGUCUUGACCCUGCUGGCCCUGGUGCUAAGGGUGUCCUGCCGAACUGACUGCAAACGCUCCUCCACGAAGAAGCCUCCUCGUGAGCGGGAGAGCGACAGUGACAGCAGCGACAGCGAUGACGAUUCAGACACCACUUCAGACCUGUCUGCCCGCAGGCACCGCAGGUUCGAGAGGACUUUGAACAUGAACGUCUUCACUUCAGCAGAGGAGCUGGAGCGAGCCCAGCGGCUGGAGGAGCGGGAGCGCAUCAUCCGGGAGAUCUGGAUGAACGGCCAGCCGGACAUCCCAGGCACCAGGAGCCUCAACCGUUACUACUAAGCGAUGGGGAGUCCAACCAUCCUGCCCGGCACCCUGGGGCUCCUCCACACAAGAUAAAGGAGAGGGAGGGAAGGAAUUUUACAUGGGUGUCUCCUCUUUUCCUUUUGGGUGUGCUACUUGAGCAGUGUGGAUGGACAGCAAUAAAGCUUUCCCCAUCUCCUUCUCCCUGACAUAUUGCAAUCAUCCCUCUUCACAGACACUUUCUGGUUUCAACAGAGGUGGUUGCCAACUUCAUAUGUUAAUAGCAGGCAGGAAGGUGACAGUCACAGUCCUCUUAUGUGGGACGUGGAGUUUGGCAUGCUGCGGUACAAGUACUCCUUUCUUGGCUGGGGAGAGAAGUCAUCCAGGAUUUGGUGUUCAUUUAGGGUUUUUUUGUUUCCCUUUCCUGAGGACUGUGGGAGAACUGUGAACAAAACGACAAAUCUGGAAAGGUGAUUUGGGAAGGGAAUGGGAGGUUCAUCCCAACUGAUUGUCUUGUGACUUCAGAAGCCAUGAGAUUAACCUAAUUAAAACCCAACGGCAAAUAUGACUUGUUAAGAACUAGGGAACUGGGGGGAGGGGGAUUCUUCCAUCAUGAAAUCAUCUCGGUGCUUGGAUGUUUGCCAUAGUGUAUUCAGUUAUUUAUGGCUGUCUUUUCAUCUUCCUUUUAAGGGGAACAUUUAGUUUUUUUUACUGACACCUCAGGGAUAAAAUCCUAGUAUUUUUUUGAAUCUGUCCUCCCCGCUGGCCCCUGUCAAAGACCACCCAACCCACCUCCAAUAGUGAAAUUAUGGUAAUACAGGAAAUGUGUCAGUGACUGGUGAGACGUUAACAACCUCAAAGAGGUUGAAAAGGGUUUUCUUUUUGUUUUAAAUAUAUAUAUAUAUAUUUGAAGAUGCUGCACAGGAAUGUGCCUUAUUCUUUUUUCUUGUUGUUAAACUACAGUUUCCUAUGGAUAGCAAUGCACAAUAUUUUAUAUAUUUUAUUAAAAAAUAAUAAUAAAAAAGUUCUAUGUUUACCAGAGGAAAAUGGAGACAGAAGAAACCACAUUUGACAACAGAAUGAGUAAUAAAUGCUAAAUAAACUCUGGUUUGCUUCAA